GGUACUCCGGUUUCCUCCCACAUUCCAAAAACAUGCUAGGUUAAUUAGCCACUCCAAAUUUUCCAUAGGUAUGAAUGUGAGUGUGAAUGGUUGUUUGUCUAUAUGUAUAUAUGUCUAUACGUUUUUUUUUAAUAUUAUUAGAGCCCUCUCGAAAUGAAAUAACACCCCUACAAUCACCUUUAGACUCAUUUUACCCAAUAUCGUAGACUUUAUAAGAGAAGACAAAACAUGUCAGACAUAAUAUGAGUUCACACGUUAGCAUUGGUAGCAUUACCUGUUGGUUUUUUUUUUCGUCCUGUUCUACACGUUACUUCCUGCAGUGACAAUUGUCAAUAUCAUCAAUAUAACAUUACUGACACCUAGUGACCAGUGUGGAAUACUACAUAUCAUUAUAUGUCUUUGAAUGCAACUUCAGAAUGCCUUAUAGUGUAUUUGUAUUUUUUGGUUAUUUUAGCAUUUUUAUGCUGGAAUAUGUUUAAUUUAAACAAAAAUAUGUAAAAAGAGGGAAAAAUCUAAAAAAAAAACUGUUUUAGAUUUUUUUUUUUUUUACAUUCACCUGGUUAUACGUUUCUGUAUACUUGACUUUUUUUCUCCGUGUAAGCUAGGUGUGUCCUGCGAAAGCCCAAGUUCAAAGUUCAAACUAAUACAUACAUAAAUACACACACCAAGUAAUGAUAAAUUUAGAGUAUUAUAAUGAAGAUAUUAAAUACAAAUUAAUUUAUGGACACAUUUUUUAAAAUUUAAAUUAGUCAGCUUGGCUGUCUUUGUGAUUUCCAAUUCUUAUAAAUAGACGACUAAAGGUUUUGAACGCACCACCUCGUGGCAUACAAUGUACGACUCAACAGAGAAGACAAGACGAAGUUAAGGAGGAUUCCAUGAACGCACCACAGAGCUCCGUAUUUUCCUACUUCCUCUGUCGGAGAGGACUAAUAAAUAAAUAAAUACACAUACAAAAUAAUGAUAAAUUUUGAGUAUUAUAAUAAAGAUACAUUCAUAAAUGAUCAAACAAAUUAAUUUAUGGACACACUUUUUAAAAUUUAAAUUAGUCAGCUUGGCUGUAUUUGUGAUUUCCAAUUCUUAUAAAUAGACGACUGAAGGUUUUGAACGCACCACCUCGUGGCAUACAAUGUACGACUCAAUAGAGAAGACAAAACGAAGUUAAGGAGGAUUCCAUGAACGCACCACAGAGCUCCGUAUUUUCCUACUUCCUCUGUCGGAGAGGACUAAUAAAUAAAUACACAUACAAAAUAAUGAUAAAUUUUGAGUAUUAUAAUAAAGAUACAUUCAUAAAUGAUCAUACAAAUUAAUUUAUGGACACACUUUUUAAAAUUUUAAAUUAGUCAGCUUGGUUGUCUUUGUGAUUUCCAAUUAUUAUAAAUACACGAGUAAAGGUUUUGAACGCACCAACUCGUGGCAUACAAUGUACGACUCAAUAGAGAAGACAAGACGUUAAGGAAGAUUCCGUGAAUGCACCACAGAGCUCCGUAUUUUCCUACUUCCUCUGUCGGAGAGGAAUAAUAAAAAAAUAAAUACACACAAAAAAUAAUGAUAAAUUUAGAGUAUUAUAAUAAAGAUACAUUCAUAAAUGAUCAUACAAAUUAAUUUAUGGACACACUUUUAAAAUUUUAAAUCAGUCAGCUUGGUUGUGUUUGUGAUUUCCAAUUCUUAUAAAUAGACGACUAAAGGUUUUGAACGCACCACCUCGUGGCAUACAAUGUACGACUCAACAGAGAAGACAAAACGAAGUUAAGGAGGAUUCAGUGAACGCACCACAGAGCUCCGUAUUUUCCUACUGCCUCUGUCGGAGAGGAGAAGGAGGAGAAUGAGGAGUAGGAGGGGUAGGAGGGUAAAAGGGGGGGGGGGGCAUUUGACUCUUGUCUCCCAACCCCCAGUCAGUCGUACGAGGUGGAUUUGGGAAGAAAAGAAGCCAAACCUGCGACGUGGAGAUAACGACAGAAGCAGAAAGGAGACAUUCGGUGAUCCAGGCGCGGCGGUGUCGCGCUCGGAUUACCGUGGGUUAUUUUGUACUUUUUUUUUUUACCUUUCUUCCACAGUGGAGAAUCCGCGUCUGAUCGGAGAAGGAAAUAAAACACGUUUAUCCACGCCGCUCUCGCCAUCUUAUUGACUGCACCGCCUCUCGAAAAGUGGAAUAAAACGUUUUCUUUUUCAAGCAGGAUGCACACGAUCGCUUUUCCUGAAGGAAUAGGACCCUUCUCCCACAAAGAGUAGCCCACGGAUUUUAAACCUUUUCCCCCCUUUGGGGGGGGUCUUCUCAUACUUUUGAUUUCACGCUCCUUCAAAGUGCCAGACCAUCCUGCCUGCAGAAGUCCAUCAUCCCAGUGCAGUUGGCGCCUCGGCUCUCCAGCCAGGUGGAAGAUACGAGCCGCCCCCUUCCCUCCCUGCACCCCACCCCCAAAUCCACUCCCCACCGGAACCAAGAUGGCCACAAGGAGUGUCACUCGCCUGUCCUUGCCACUCCUGCUGCCUGUUAUCGCUCUGCUGCUAUCACAGCUGCUCACUGGCUCUCACGCCUUAUCUCCACCACGUUUCACAAAAGUCCCUGUUGACCAGAUAGGCGUCUCCGGGGGUGUCGUGUCCUUUGUCUGCCAGGCGACAGGUGACCCCAAGCCAAGGGUUAGCUGGAAUAAAAAAGGCAAAAAGGUCAACUCCCAGCGUAUCGAGACCAUCGAAUUUGACGAGGGCGCCGGCGCCGUGCUCCGCAUCCAGCCUCUCCGUGCACCGCGUGACGAGAACAUCUAUGAAUGUGUGGCUGAGAACAGCGAAGGCGAGAUCACAGUCAAUGCCAAGCUGUCCAUCAUCCGAGAGGACCUUCUCCCUCCUGGCUUUCCCAUCAUCGACAUGGGCCCUCAGUUGAAAGUAGUGGAGCGGACUCGAACAGCAACAAUGCUCUGUGCAGCCAGCGGCAACCCCGACCCAGAAAUCACUUGGUAUAAAGACUUCCUGCCCAUUGACCCCAGUGCUAGUAAUGGGCGAAUCAAACAACUACGUUCAGGUGCCUUGCAGAUUGAGAACAGCGAGGAGACGGACCAGGGGAAGUACGAGUGCGUGGCGUCUAACAUUGAAGGCGUGCGCUACUCGUCCUCCGCUAACCUUUAUGUGCGAGAGCUUCGAGAAGUCCGCCGGGUUCCGCCUCGCUUCUCCAUUCCGCCGACCAGUCAGGAAAUUAUGCCGGGCGGGAGCGUGAACAUAACGUGCGUGGCGGUGGGAUCCCCCAUGCCGUACGUCAAGUGGAUGUUGAAUUCCGAUGACUUGACGCCCGAGGAUGAGAUGCCGGUGGGUAGGAACGUUCUGGAGCUGAGCAGCGUCCGCGAGUCGGCCAACUACACCUGCGUGGCGAUGAGUAGCCUCGGAAUCAUUGAAGCUGUGGCGCAGAUCACCGUCAAAUCUCUUCCAAAGCCUCCUGGUACUCCAGUGGUGACUGAAACCACCGCGACUAGCGUCACCAUCACUUGGGAUUCCGGGAACCCCGAUCCAGUAACCUACUACAUCAUCCAGUAUCGAGCGAAAUCCCCGGAAAGCAAGUACGAGACGGUGGACGACAUCACCACGACGCGUUACAGCAUCGGCGGCCUCUACCCCAACACAGAGUACGAAAUCCGAGUCUCGGCCGUCAACACAAUCGGCCAGGGUCCUCCCAGUGAGCCAGUGGAGACCAGGACUGGUGAGCAAGCCCCGGCUAGUCCGCCUCGUAACAUCCAAGCUCAGAUCAUAUCCCAAAACACCAUGAUGGUGCGCUGGGAGGAACCGGAGGAACCCAACGGGCAGAUUAAGGGCUACCGGGUUUAUUACACCAUGGACGACUCCCAGCCGAUGAGCCUCUGGCAGAUUCACAACGUCCAGGACAGCAUCAUCACAACAAUUCAGAGCCUGGUUCCUCAAGAGACCUACACCAUCAAAGUCCUGGCCUUUACCUCGGUGGGCGAUGGACCCUUCUCAGAACCAAUCCAUGUUAAAGUGCUGCAAGGAGUUCCCGGUCAGCCAUCCAAAUUCCAGGUCGGGGACGUGUCUGAUACCAGCAUCGAACUAACCUGGGAACCUGCUUUUGACAAAGAAGGAAUUAUAAAUUAUGAACUUCGCUACACGGAAGGCAGUUUUGGCUCUCAGAUCAAGAAAACAUUUGGGCCCACAUCCUCAUACGUGGUGGAAGGCCUCCGCCCAAACACGCAGUAUCACUUCUCCCUGGCAGCCAUCUCCAACAAAGGCAUCGGCGCUUUCACCAACGACGUAUCGCAGAAGACCUUGCAAGCCAAUCCCUCCGCCCCCCCUCAAGACAUUAAAUGCAGUAGCACCAGCUCCACCACCUUGCUGGUAAGUUGGCGCCCCCCGCCGUUGAGGAGUCAGAACGGCGUCCUGGCGGGGUAUAGGGUGCGCUACCAGGUGGUGGGACAGUCGGAGGGCGGCAGUGACGAUGCGGAGCCCAUGGAGGAGCCCUCCGUGCCCGCCACUGAAGAACGGGUGCUGCUGCAGCGUUUGGAAAAAUGGACCCAGUAUCGCAUCACCGUGUCUGCCUUCACGGUUGUGGGGCCGGGCCCUGAAAGCGAGCCCUUAAACUGCCGGACCGAUGAAGACGUUCCUGGCGGCCCUCCAAGGCGUGUGGAAGUGGAGGUCUUAAACUCCACGGCACUUAAGGUGAUGUGGCGUUCGCUCGUGCCUGGAAAGCAGCACGGUCAGAUCCGUGGCUACCAGGUCCACUAUGUCCGUGUGGAGAACGGGGAGUCCAGGGGACUGCCCCUGAUCAAGGAUGUCAUGCUGGCUGAUGCCCAGUGGGAAACGGACGAUAUCGCAGAAUAUGAAAUGGUAAUCGGAGGACUGAAACCGGACACCACGUACUCCAUCACGGUGGCGGCGUACACCACCAAGGGGGAUGGAGCCCGGAGUAAACCCAAACUGGUGGUGACCAAAGGUGCAGUGCCCGGUCCACCCAUUUUGUCAGUGACCCAGGAGUCGGAAACAUCUGCUCUGGUUCGCUGGGACCCUCCAGACCUGAAAAAUGGCAUGGACCUGCAAGGUUACAGGCUCCAAUUUGGUCGGAAAGAUGUCUCGCCUUUGGCCACGCUAGAAUUUUCACCCCAAGAACGACAGUACUCUGUGGGCAACAUCCACCGGGGGGCCACCUAUCACUUUAAACUGUCAGCCAAAAGCAGAGGGGGCUUCGGGGAGGAAGCCGGUGUGGAACUCAUUGUCCCAGAGAAUACGCCAGGCGGAUAUCCCCAAAUAACCGAAGGCUCCAAUGUAACAUGUUGCUCCGUUCAGCUGUCCUGGUCUCCACCGGUUCUGGCUGAGAGGAACGGUGUCAUCACAGAGUACACUUUGGCCUACAAGGAAGCGAGUACCCGAGGAGCGCCACAGGAGCUCCGAUUGCCCCCCAAUCUGUCCAGCUACGUGCUCAACAGCCUCAAACCAAACUCCGCUUACGAUGUGAAAAUUCGUGCACACACCAUUGUAGGUCCCGGGCCCUACAGCCCACCUAUCCAGUAUCGGACGGUGGACAAUGAUGCAACAGAUGUUCCGAAGAAUUUUACCAUCAAGUGGGCAACCAAGACCACAGUGGUCCUUGCAUGGAAGUUUUCCGAAAGCAGGUCCCCGUACAAAUGCACGAUUGACUACAACCGUCAGAAGAUGGAUGUCGACGCCAGGCAGCUGAAGGUCUUCAUUACUGGGCUGAGGCACAACACCACCUACGAGUUCAGGGUGACGUGCCAAGAAAGCAUGGACGGUGGACCAAAACACCGUGUGGUUGCCAGGACGGCACCACUCAUCCUGGUCAGGAAACCGAAACUGGACAUCUACGCCGAGCCUGACAAUAUUCUCACCAUGUCCUUUCCGCCGAUCGAUGGCAAGGAUGUCAAGAAUUUCUAUGUGGUUGUGGUGCCGUUGAAAAUGACUUCGGGGGCUGUCAAGAAUCUAAAGACUCCUGACGAGAUGGACAUGGAUGAGCUGCUGCGGGAGGUGACCCCCAAGCGGCGGUCCCGCCGUCAGUUGGCCCAGCUGGACCAGAGGAAGCCUUACAUCACGGCCUGCUUCCGCCAGCUUCCCUCCAGCUUCACCGUGGGCUCUGACCAUCGCCAGAGCAGCUGUGAGAAUAAAGCUCUGGAACCUGGUCAGGAGUACGUCUUCUUCCUCAUGGCUGAACUAAAUGCUACGGCUGGGAAAAUGUUUGCAACCAGCCCUUACACUGACACGGUGAUGACUCCUGUGCUGGUGGACCCCCAGCCGGUCGAGACAGGCGGUGAUGGACUCAUUUGGGUGGUCGGUCCAGUCCUGGCUGUUGUCUUCAUCAUCUGCAUUGUCAUUGCUAUCCUCCUGUAUAAAAAUCGCAAGAGGAAGGAGUCGGAACCGCGCACAAAGUGUCUGCUGAACAACGCAGACAUCACACCCCAUCAUCCUACUGACCCUGUGGAGAUGAGACGCAUCAACUUCCAAACUCCUGGUAUGAUGAAUCACCCCCCCAUCCCCAUCUCCGAGCUGGCGGAGCACACGGAACUUCUCAAGGCCAACGACAACCUGAAACUCUCCCAAGAAUACGAGUCCAUCGAUCCGGGCCAGCAGUUCACCUGGGAACAUUCCAACCUGGAGGUGAACAAGCCAAAAAAUCGUUACGCCAAUGUCAUCGCCUACGACCACUCCCGCGUCAUCCUGGCUCCCAUUGAGGGGAUCACAGGUAGCGACUACAUCAACGCCAACUACAUCGACGGCUACAGGAAACAGAACGCUUACAUCGCCACCCAGGGUCCUCUACCAGAAACCUUCGGGGACUUCUGGCGGAUGGUGUGGGAGCAGAGAGCAGCCACCGUGGUCAUGAUGACCCGCCUGGAGGAGAAGUCACGGAUAAAGUGUGACCAGUAUUGGCCCAGUCGUGGCACGGAAACCUACGGUAUGACCCAAGUGACCCUGUUGGACACCAUAGAGUUGGCCACCUUCUGUGUUCGCACCUUCUCCUUGCACAAGAACGGCUCCAGUGAGAAACGUGAAGUUCGCCAGUUCCAGUUCACGGCGUGGCCCGACCACGGCGUGCCGGAAUACCCGACCCCCUUCCUGGCCUUCCUGCGCCGGGUCAAGACCUGCAACCCACCUGAUGCUGGACCCAUCAUCGCCCACUGCAGCGCCGGCGUGGGUCGGACGGGUUGCUUCAUCGUAAUCGACGCCAUGCUGGAGCGUAUCAAGCACGAGAAGACGGUGGACAUUUACGGUCACGUGACGCUGAUGCGCUCGCAACGGAACUACAUGGUGCAGACGGAGGACCAGUACAGCUUCAUUCACGACGCGCUGCUGGAGGCGGUGGCCUGCGGCAACACCGAGGUGGCGGCCCGCAGCCUCUACUCCUACAUCCAAAAGCUGGCCCAGGUGGAGAGCGGCGAGCACGUCACCGGCAUGGAGCUGGAGUUCAAGCGUUUGGCCAACUCCAAAGCCCACACGUCACGCUUCAUCAGCGCCAACCUUCCCUGCAACAAGUUCAAGAACCGGCUGGUCAACAUCAUGCCCUACGAGACCACGCGGGUCUGCCUGCAGCCAAUCAGAGGCCUGGAAGGAUCCGACUACAUCAAUGCUAGUUUCAUUGACGGAUACAGGCAACAAAAGGCCUACAUUGCCACACAGGGCCCUCUGGCAGAAACCACAGAGGACUUCUGGAGAAUGCUCUGGGAGAACAAUUCCACCAUUGUCGUCAUGCUGACCAAACUGAGAGAGAUGGGAAGGGAAAAGUGUCAUCAGUACUGGCCUGCGGAGCGCUCCGCCAGGUACCAGUACUUUGUGGUGGACCCCAUGGCGGAGUACAACAUGCCUCAGUACAUCCUUCGAGAGUUCAAAGUCACAGAUGCCAGGGACGGCCAGUCCAGGACAGUAAGGCAGUUCCAGUUUACCGACUGGCCGGAGCAAGGCGUUCCUAAAUCUGGAGAGGGCUUUAUCGAUUUCAUUGGCCAGGUGCAUAAAACCAAGGAGCAGUUUGGACAAGAUGGACCCAUCUCCGUACACUGCAGCGCCGGCGUGGGCAGGACCGGCGUCUUCAUCACCCUCAGCAUCGUCCUGGAGCGAAUGCGUUACGAAGGUGUGGUUGAUAUCUUCCAGACUGUGAAGAUGCUCCGGACGCAGAGGCCAGCCAUGGUCCAAACUGAGGACGAGUACCAGUUCUGCUAUCAUGCCGCUCUGGAGUACUUAGGAAGCUUUGAUCACUAUGCAACGUAAAAAAGCCAUCCCCCCCUCCCCCCCUGCCCCAACCCCCCCCCAACAUGAGUCCUGUCACCCCCCCCUUUCAAAAGUCUCCUGAGCCAUACAGACUUGAAUUUUGAAACAACCGUCAUGCUCAUCAAGGCCCAGAUCUCAUGGUAGAUUUAAAAAAAAAAAAAAAUGAAUAUUCCCAAUCCGUUUAGCUGCGACUUUUCCCUCCAUGCGGAAGAUUCCCAAACCCAGACGGGCGAUUUGAGUGUCAGACCGCUUACUUUACCUCAAGUGUUUUCCAUACGAAGGACAUUGUAAACAUUCAAAGUAACAAAAUCAAAAGCAGAACAUCAAUCGGAUUUGGGGACGCUUUUUUUUUUAUUUUUUUUUAAUUUUUAUAAAUAUUCCUGGAUGUAAAGGAGCUUUUCAUUUCCCACGUAUUCUGUGUGUGAUAUCGGGAACGCCAGAUUAUAUGAGGACGAGAAGAGGAAGCAGACGUGCUAAUGAGAAGCAUUGUUAGCGUGGAGAAGGUGUGACAGUACAUCGCACAUCACAUGAGGAACUGGCGGAUCUUCUCAUGGUUGCUUGGUGACCACGGACCAAUGUCCAGUCAUUUCAUUUGAUUGCUUUUUUUUUAUACUUUUACGGGGGAGAAAAAAAAAAACAAAACAUGCAAAGAUGGGCCUUCCUUUGUGUGCGGUGACCAACGCUCCUCAUGAAUAUUUACACGUUUUUAUUCAUUUUUUUUUUUGAUGUCCAAACCAAACAUGCUGCUUAUCUCGUGUGUUGUUGUAGAGAGGUUUCAUUGCAGAAGAAGACGCAAACAAAUUGGGCCUGUUUCUAUUACAAAGCCGGGCGAUUAAGUGCUUCAGACGUUCACUUUCAGAUCCAUUUUAUCCUCAUUUGUUGGAUUAAAGAAGAAGAAGAAGAAGAAGAAGAAGAAGAAGAAGAAGAGGAAGAAAAAAGGCUUUAGUUUAGUUAGUUAGGGUUCUCCGUGUUCUUAAUGGCGUCUCGAGGUGACCAGGAACCACAACGUGACCGGGAGAAAGAACUUGAACAUCCCCGCUAAAAAAAAAACACCUGCAGGUUGAACACCAGGGGUGUCCAGAUUGAGGCCCGGGGGUCAUUUGCUGCCCACAGAUGUUUUUUUUUUUGUUCUAUUAGACUCAUAAAAUUGGACCCCAGAAACGUCAUAAUAAUAAUAUGGCAUUUUAGUAGCAUAUGGUUGAAAUAUUCAAGAAAAAAAUAUUGUUUUAAAUAAUAAAAAAUAUAUUAUGAGAAACAAACAAUUUUGGUAAUUUUUGGAAAAUUAUGUUGCGCAUAAAACAAACAUUAUGGCAAUAAAGUCAUAAUUACGAGAAGAAAAUUUACAAGUUGUCAAGAAAUUUAAAAAAACAACAGCAGAAAUGGGGGAAAAAAUAGCUAAAUAUAAUGCAAAUUAAGUAAUGAAAUUGUUGGAGAAAAAAUUUAAAAAACAGCAGAAAUGUUAAAAAAACUGCUGUAAUUUUAGGAGAAUAAAGUCAUAAUUUUGAGAAGAAAAUUUACAAGUAUAUAGUCAGGAAAAAACAAAAACAACAGCAGAAAUUGGGAAAAAAUAGCUAAAUAUGUUGCAAAUUAAGUAAUGAAAUUGUUGGAAAAAUUAAAAAACAGCAGAAAUGUAAAAAAACAGUAAUUUUAGGACAAUAAAGUCAUAAUUCCGAGAAGAAAAUGUACAAGUAUAUAGUCGGGGCUAUAUAAUAUUAGGAGAAAAUAGUUGUAUUCAAAUGAGGGGGAAAAAAAUCUACAUUUUACAAGAAUAAAGUCAAAAUAUUGACCGAAAAUUGUUGUAUUCCAAUGAGGGAAAAAAAAAAAAAAUUUUACGAGAAUAAAGUCAAAAUACUGACAGAAAAUAGUUGUAUCCAACGAGGGAAAAAAUGAAGAUUUUACGAGAAUAAAGUCAAAAUAUUGAGAGAAAAUUGUUGUAUUCCAAUGAGGAAAAAAAAUAAAAAAUUCAUGAGAAUAAAGUCAAAAUAUUGAGAGAAAAAGUUGUAUUGUAAUAACGAAAAAAAAUGCAAUUUUACGAGAAAGUCGAAAUAUUAUGCGAGUCAAGUCUUAAUUACAAGAACAAAUCAAAAAAAUAAAACUAACUUGUAAUAUUAUAGGAAAUAAUUUUAGUAGUAAAGAGGUAAAAAAAAAAUUUUUUUUUUUGAAUUUUUGAAAAUUUGGGUUGGAAAAAAUUUGUCAUUGUGUGGCCCCGGGUGGGAAAAACAUUUGGACACCCCUGCACGAAACAAAGGUUCCGCGUUUUGAGUCAUCCAUGCUUUUUCAACAUGCGUUUUGGAUGGGAUAUGUGCACAAAAAAAAGAAGAAAAAAAAUCCAAGCUGACAGCUGGGCAGAACUGUGUGUAAUCUUUUUGUAUUUCCAAAAAAGCCUUAUUGUUAUUAGUAACAUUCUGAAAACAUUAAUGUUGUAUUAUGAUGAAUUAUUUUGCAUUACAUAGUUGACUUUUUUUUUAACAGAGAUGUUGUAUGGCAUUUUUUUUUUAAUAACAGCAAGAGAGAAGUGCUUAUUUGUUCAUAUUAUGUUCAAAUACAUUCUAUUUUUUCACAGUAGAACUCUUCAGUAUAACAUGUUUGUGUACGCGUGAGUAUAUUUACUGUAUACUGCACACGCACACAUUCAUAAAUAUUUAAAUAUAAAUCUAUAUCCACAUUUAGUUUCACUAUUUCCUCCCUUUUUUUUUUUUUAAUUUCUCAUUUAUUUUUAUAAUCCCGGCAUCUUCAUGUUGUGUCUUUUUCGGCUCGUCAUCCUGGCGCCGAUUAAGAGUUAAAAAAAAAUAAUUAUGUUAUCAUUAACUUUGUAGAUUUUAGUAUUUCUUUUAUUCGUAGCAGCCUAGCAGAAAGCGGUCCGGUCAGAUUAUCUAACAAAUCAAAAAUGAUAUUCUAUUUUUGUCGUUAUCCGUAUCAGCCCGAUUUGACAUACUAUGCUUUGUAUGAUCAUGUACAGACUGUAUAACCCCUUUUUUUAAAAACGAAGAUCUAUACGUAUUUUUUUUUUUUUUUUUUUUUUUUUUUACUUGCAUUACUUUCCAACAUACUGUGGUAAUUCAUUUUUUUUUUAUUAGAUAUACGCAACAAUCUACAUGUAAAUAAACAAAUAUAUAGAUUAUAUGUAUUUGUAAAUGAUUUGACCCGAUACGUGGGAACGCUACAGAGAGUUUCUCGACAUCAACGUCCACGUGGUUGGCUUUCUAUCCUCCCCUGAUUUUUAUUUUAUUUUCAUUUUUUAGUCAAAGAAAGCGAUAAAAAUUAAUUAGCAUAUCGUUACACAAGUGUUUUAAUUGGCAUCCUCGUUAAAUGUUGACUUAACGGAUGCUAACGACUAAGUUCUUUAGUCGGGUUUGCAGUGUGACAACCACUUCCACUAAAGUUUGUUUCAACGUUUUACAUGUUUUUUGUUUUUUUUUUACGGGGGGGGGGGCAGAAAAGUUGUGAAACCAACCCCCGAAACCGCGGAAAACCCGACAGGUUCCUAACACUAUCCUGGUCUGGAGGGUUUUUACAAAAACUGAAUCAGUGGAAGUCUUUGCAAUAGUCAAAAACCUGGAGUAUUUGGGGGGGGGCGGGACUAACAACAGAAAAGGACACUAACAAAAAAACGCGUGGAGACGACAUACCGACUGAACAAACGAGAACUCGGAACUGGUUUUCAUCAGUUUGGGGGCCGGGCGCCGUCGCUUUCAAACUGUUCCAUCCGACUGAUUGGUUUCAAGCCACUGUGUAUGUAGAUAUGUUGACUUUGUAUUAAAGAAAAUGUUGUCUGAAAAACA